AUGUACGGCGAAGAAAGGAUGACGGAGAAGGGAGCGACGACGAUGGCGACGGCGCGCAUCCGUCGCAACCUUGGAAAGCAAACGUAUGAGGUACAACUUCUCCCGGAGCUUGCAAACUCGAUCGUACUAACGACCGACGUGAUGCUGGUACGCAACGUCAUUGGCAAUGACGGCUACGAUGCGUUGCUGGCGUGCAUGGCCGGCCACAAGCAGUCUCAUGUAUCUUUGGUCGCGGUGGCGACGUUCUUUCGGGCAGAGUCCCUCAGCCGCUCGGCCAACGGUGACUUUGUCCUCGAUGCUCAGACCCUGUACACACUCGCGGCACCGACGCUGGACGCCCCCCUCCAGUAA